GCAAAACAAAAUAGGCACUACAGAUCAUCAAAUAUACUAAACAUGAAUAAAGCAUGAACCCGAAGUUCCAAAAGUUUUGGAAAACAAAAAGGGCUUUAAUUUGGAAUUUCAAGACAUCGACCAUGGCUUCUGACUCCAACUCCCAUCAGCCUGGGCCAACUCAGCCAAUGGUAGGGGAUGAUGGGAGCUGCGACAAUGCGGAGUGUCUUCCGUUGUUUUUGUCAGAUAAAGUAAAGCAGGGAGAUUCAUCUAAAAACCUGUCAGAUGGGAGCUGAUCUGAUUCAAGCUGUCAGGUAGUUAUUUACCUGUCUAGUUAAUAUUUCCACAUGAGCCUUCCCUGGGUAAUUGAACAGAUUAAUUGCUUGCUUAGCUGAUCCUGAACCAGCCGCAAGCAGAUGUUGAGCACAAAACGGCUGUCUCUUAAUGUCAAAUAACCAAAUGGAUCGUCAAAUCGGGUGCAUUAAACAAAACGGCAGGGAAGAGUACCCUCUUAAGUUUUCACCUGUCAGAGAGUGAAAAAGAAAUUGUAUGAUGAAAUCCAAAUUGGAUGAUGCUGAAAGCCUCUGAAUAUCGUUUCCUCCCCUUUCUUGGGCCCUGGGGAGAAGGUGUAACUUUUUCAGUCAAGCAAACAAAUCAGCUUCAAUCCUGACUACCACCUGGAGCCUAAUUGUGAAUGAAGUGUGUCAGCUAUGCUUGUUUAUUCUUUUUUCUCCUAUUUUUUCCUACCACAAUACACCCUCGUAGCAAAAUCUAGAACAAGCAGUUAGCGUUUUGCAUGGAGGACGUCUCAAACUGGAUUAACUGUGUCUUCAUUAACUAAUUGUGUUCUUGACCAUCGAGACUUCUCAACAUUGUUCAACCAGGUCCUUGAUGUGAUGCCCAACCUCCAUUCAGCUUGAAACUGGGAUCUUUCCCUGCUAAACAAGAGGUACAGCAGAUCCUUCCUUCUGCUGCUCCUUCUACUCCCUGUUGAAGAACCAUGAGCAGAUCGAGACACGUGGGCAAGAUCCGAAAGCGACUGGAAGAGGUCAAGAACUUGUCAUUCCGACUGGCCAAACUGGAUUUCAAUCACAACGAAAGUGUCCGGCUAGCCACUGAUGCCCUCUUAGACGGUGGCAUCCCAGCCUACCUCAAGGCCUUGGAGGAUGAGGGAGAAGUGGACUUCCUCUCCACAGUGGAAGUUCAGUACAUCAAGAAGAACACAAGGGAACCCUACUAUUCGAGUGAGAUGCAUGCGGAUGGAGAAGCUGGGCCCAGACCAAAUAAUGACGCCAGGUCCCUCCAGUCGGGAACGUAUUUUCCUCUCGUCUCGGAGAAUAGCGAACCAGCCCUUCUUCACACCUGGAGCACGUCUGAAAAGCCCUACCUGAAAGAGAAGUCAAGUGCCACUGUGUAUUUCCAAACAGAUAAGAACAGCAACAUUAGGGACCUGAUACGGCGCUGCAUCAACAAGACCUACCAGGUACUAGCCAUACUGAUGGAUGUGUUCACUGAUGCUGAGAUAUUCUGUGAUAUCUUAGAAGCCGCCAACAAGCGACGGGUAUUUGUUUAUCUCCUGCUUGACCACAGCAACCUAAAGCUUUUCACUGAGAUGUGUGACAAGCUGCAUGUUGCAGAGGGACAUUUUAAGAACAUUUCCGUGAGAAGCGUUACAGGUGAGGUUUACUGUGCCAAAUCAGGUCGAAAAUUCUCAGGACAAAUACAAGAGAAAUUCAUCAUCUCAGACUGGAGAUAUGUUCUGUCUGGAUCCUACAGCUUCACGUGGUUGUGCGGCCAGGUCCACCGAAACUUCCUCUCCAAGUUUACAGGGCAAGUGGUGGAGCUCUUUGAUGAAGAGUUCCGGCAUCUCUACGCUUCGUCCAAACCCGUGGCGGAGCUGAGACCUCCUUCACAUACCUCUCUUUUCUUGCUCAACAAGAGCACUGCUGCCACCCAAGGCAGCCUCACUAACAGCAGCAACCUAGGAAGCAUCCAUACGCCCUCUGACCCGUUCAGUUGUCUUUCAAACAACAGUGGUUCUGCAAGUAGACAACCUGUGAAGACUCCAGUUUACAACAUCCAUCCCAUGUCACCAUCACCUCUCAACAGGGUCCACUCUUUCCAUGGCUACACCACAUUUAUGACCACCCCACCUCCCCACGGCAUUCAGGUCAACUACUACCAGCGCCAGUAUGUUGCCGAUUCACCAGCAGUCCUUUACAACAACAUUAACAUUUACAGGCCGAUAAGAAUGAGACAAGAGGAUAUCAACAGAGCACAGAUGAACCCGGUCUGGAGAUGUCUUCACAAAGCCAAUUUGUUAAGAUGACUACAGCUGGUCAGCUAGUUUUAUCUUUUGUUGCCCGAACAUGAAUAGUUUGGUAUGAGAGAACUAGACAACAUAACAAUACAAAACAGAGAGCUAGUGAGUCUUUAAAGAAAUGUUUUUAGACCUCAUGGCCACUAAAAAGCUUGAGAAACAUCAAACAAGUGAGUAUUUUACAGUCUGGAACAGGAAAACUAAAAAAAGAAAGAAUGUUAAGCAGGUUAUGUUAUAUAAUCAAUAAGGAAGAACAUGUGAUUCAUGAUAUUGAGGAAUUCAUGAUAUCAAAGUUUUGUCCAUCUUUUUUGCUGUUGUUUUCAAACCUUCAAGUAAUUUCUGACUUAUGGCUACCAUAAGGAAAACGUAUCAUGGGGUUUUCCAUCUGGUUUGGUGCAAAACAGACUAUUCCGUUUCAUAAACUGGAAAAAAGGCAAUGAACUAGACCUUAAGACUGCAUCAAAAAUCAUUUUAAAGAUCUAAUUG